AUGCGCCUUUCGUCUUCGGGGAGAGCGGUAGGAGAAGAGGUGGAGCACCUACCGAAUAAACCGGAAGUAGGCGCACAGUUGCUGUUGACAGGGGCACAGAAGGUAGAGGAAGCCACGAAGGCUGCAUUGGCAUACCCAAGCAUGGCUGAAAAGAAAGGCGAAGGAAAUGGUGAACAUCAUCAAAACGUGGAAGAUAACAGUAACAAAAUGAUUUGCCAUGCCCCACGCAACAGUAAACACGAUCGCGACGACGAGUUGGGCAUUCAUAUCAUGCUCUCUGCGAUGUUGCAUCGCCGUGAGCAAGAAAAGCUGAAAGAAGUGAUCCUCCGCUUCGAUCCCCUAGCCGAGCACUUCUUCUUCAACGAAAAACGGAAAUUCGCGUUCAUGACUGCUUCGUCACCGGAAGCACGAGACAGAUUGCUCCAGAGCUGCAGAAGGUGCUUCUUAAUUUUGAAAUCUAAAGACUAAGUCCUUUGCGACUAUUUGAAGAAGGUUAUCACAUCCGCUAUGGUCUGGAAACAACAGCAUUUAUGAAGCAAGUGCGAAUGUCUAUUGUAGUUGUACUGAGCUACAUUUUUGUUCUUCUUCCACUAAGUGUCUCAAUUUCGGGUUUCUUGGGCUUGAAAUCGAUUUUCUGACUGAAACAGAUAUGCCAAGGAGACGCAUCAAGACCGUAUCAUUUCUCGGCGUGUGACGGUGUGUAUGCUUGAUCGACACCUGCGGGAUCAUCUAUAUAGCGAUUGGAAAGCGCAGCGACAGUCCCCGAAUCAAACUGCUAUUCUGCGUGUUGGGCA